AUGGCUAACUGGGGUGCUGGUGAAGCGCCAAAUACCUUUCAAGAUGGAAGUUAUCCUAUAGAUCCUGUAUUCAUGCCUGUUCGAAAUGUGAAUCAUAGUAUUCAUGUGUAUUUGCAAUAUCUUACAACAAUUUGUUAUGAAGCUUUUGUUAUUGUAAUUUUUUUCACAAAAAUGACACCAACAAAUGUUACCUUCAUAGCUGAUGUGGAUGGAAACAAGAUCCAAACUAUUGUCUCAAAGAAAAACAUCACCAUAUUCAAAGAUAUUGUAAAAGAUGGGCAUGCAUUUUACAUUAAAUAUCCAAUAUUUGCAUCACAAAGGAUUGGUGGUUUGAGGUUAACUCGGCUUCAUCAUAAACUUAUUUUUGUCCAUAACACUGUUCUUACGGAGUGUCAUGACUUUUCUGGACCUACAUUUGGUUUUGAGUUUGUUGAUUAUCAAACUCUUAUCUCAUUGGUCCAUCUUCAAAACAUUGCUAUCGAUGUUGUUGGACUGGUAGUUGCUUUUGGUGGCAUCUUGCGAGAUAAUUCUGAUAUGAAAAAACACAGACUCAACAUCCAAAUCCAAGAUGCAAAUGGUUUACAAAUUCAUGUCACUUUGUGGGGUCAUUAUGCUUACAAAAUGCAAGAAUUUAUUGAUAACAAUCCACACGGUCUUGGUAUCAUUGUUAUCCUUCAAUUUGCAACCGGUAAAGUUUCGAGAGAUCAUCGCAUAGUGAACAAAUACUUAUCCGUGACAAAGCUUUUCAUUAACUCCGACAUUAAUGAAAUCAAUGUUUUCAAGAAAAGAUAA